CCCGUAUCCUUUUCAAUUUUCCUGAAUCCAACAAAAACGGGCGAGCUUUGCUUUUUGUUCCUAUUCUAAAGGGAUAUAAUGAUAAGCUACGAACCCUUACUACACUGUUGAAUAAGAAAAUUGCUCUGAAAGAAAGAACCAUGCUCAGAUUUCUGGGAACAUUGUUACAUGUGGAAGCCAUUAAAUUUUUUAUCUGUAGCUUGGCGUGUAUACACUUAUUCUUUUCUAUAAAGGUCAAUUCCAAAAAUUGAGCCCAAAAAAAUCACCCAUCAAAAACUCUUUUUUAAUCGAUUCAUUUUGGCACACACUCACACAUACACACACAGCUUCUUUCAUUCCUAUUCAUAACCUUGUUAGCAUUUCUAUUUAUUUACAUUUUCUACUAUUAUUCUUUCCUAUGAAAAAGGAUAACCAGCAACCAAAACAAGUUGUUUGGUCUUCGCAAAAUGUGUCGAGUUGGCUGAUUGCAAACGGAUGGAGUUUUCUUGUAGAGGUAUUCAAAGAUUAUAAUAUACAAUACGAUCGCUUCUUAAACCUCACACUUGAAAACGUGAAUGAGCUGUUAAAAAAUACGAGUGUACCGACCACAGAGAAACAGAGACUUAUAUUUUCAAUACAGAAGCUAAAAGCAGAGGAUAAAGCUUUUAGUUUCCAGCCUCAGCAGCAUCUGCUCAUCAGACCGCGUAUUGCCAUUCCAGCGCAUAACAAUUAUCAGCCGUACAAACAGAAUCGAAAAUCAGAUUCAAUACUUAAUUCAGCUGGAACUAUUAAUACUACACCAACCAGUACAAAUACACCUACAUCUACUACCUCUACCAAUACUAAUAGCAGCAGCCCUAACAACCUUCAUACACUUACCCUUAAUCCUAAUCAUAUUGCCAAUAAUUACCAUUUUGAUAUCACCCAAUAUAUACCCAAAAGAACAUCUUCUAACGAAACAAAUGUAUCAAAGAUGCUUGAAAAUUUUCACCCUACCACUAAUCUCAACGCAACCUCGGCACACCACCAUUCUCAUCAUCAUCACCAUAGCAAUCAUAAGAAUAAACCAAAAAGUCCUCGUGCUAUUAAUGCAACCGAUCCAGAAAUCCUUAGUAAAUUAUUUGGGAAAAGAUUACCAGUACCACAGGACAGAAGAAUCCAAGUGACUUUGGAUGCAGAUACAUUCAUCCGUUUAUGGAUCAGUUACACGAGUAAUGCAAUAGACAUUAAGAGAGCCGUUUUGAAAAAGUUAUCUAUUGAUGCCGAGCCGAGUUAUUUCCAUUUUUUCCAUGAAAAUGGACUAAAUUCAACUGUUCCGCUGAAUGACGAUGAAUUAGUUUACAUCUGUCGAACAUCGGACGAUAACAGGACAAAUCAUAUACUAGUAGUACCCUUAGAAGGGUAUACUCUUGUCCGCCAGCAUUAUCAGCAGCAGAAUAAUGUUUACAGUGUCCGCUAUAUAUUGACGCAGACGAGUCCAGCACCAAGUCCGAUAUCCUCCUCAUCCAUCACAGGUAUCCAAUUAACAGAUCCAGAGACUCCUAGAGAGGAUGACAUUCAUUAUCGCAAACAACAUAACAACCUGUCUAUUUCGAGAUCUAACCAGCAAAACGCGCCGACUACCCCAAUAACAGCAUUAUCCUCCGCCGAUCUAUGGGCUACACCUCUCUCGACAAUCAGCAAUGAUACCAGAAGAUUUUCUUCUAGCUCCUCAGCUUCAUCCACUUUACGACCCAAUACGUCUCAUCAUCAAAAUGCAGGGAGCAAUAUACAAUAUUUAUGGCCAGUAGGGGAACAACGCACAGAACAUACCACACCAACAACUGAUGACCCAUCCUUUAUGUUCGAGGGAAUAUCACUUUAUGAUCCACCUACACCAGUCAAUGACCAGAGCGUCCAUCAUGAGUUACCUACUUCAGCUGAACCUACGGGUGGUAGUAGUAGCAGUAGUACUUUUGGUAACUCUAAAGAGGAUGCGCCACCUUCUGACAACGCAUUAGGCACAGAAGAGCCAAAGGAUAAAAUAGCUAUGGCGUUUGAAAGACCAUCUAUCGAACGGCUUUACAGAGAUAUUGAUAAAUACUUACCUGGACACGAUUUGGAUAAAGAAAUUAUUGUUGAUAAUCUACAGCAACCUGUGGAGGUCAACCCAUCCUCGACAGCGGCCACUCAUUCAAUCCCUCUCUCUGCUAUCAAUAACAGAAGAUUAGUGCCUCAUCGUCAAUCUGUUCGUGUUGUUGCAAAGGAAGCGCAUCGGCGAUGGAAGCAGGCUACGCAACAUGUCAAAACAGUCAAUGCUUUAGUUAGACGAAAAUCAACAAAAAUGUGGGAUCGACCUGUUGAGCGAGUAAAGCCGGGUGAAGAGGGGCGCAUCGUAAUUCCACCAACAGCGGCCGCGCCGAAUAAUACCCCUCAUAUUGAGCAAAACGACAUCGAUGUGAAUGAUAACAAUAAUACCCUACAAACUGCACCCACGAACGCCACAACAAGCCCAACCGACACACUGACAGCAGAUGGUGUCACACCGACGAAAAUGCAAUGGAUGAGAGGCAACCUUAUUGGGCGAGGAUCUUUUGGCCGCGUUUAUCACGCUCUUAACAUUGCUACGGGUGAAUGGAUCGUCGUCAAACAAGUAGAUGCCGCCGUCACUCAGUCUGAUCAGCGAAAUGCUGAUCUCAAGGCUGCUUCCGACGCUCUUUAUCGAGAGAUUCAACUCCUCAAAGAUCUCGAUCACGAAAAUAUCGUCCAAUAUCUUGGCUAUGAUUCAAAUGUAGAAGAAGGUCAUAUCUAUAUAUUUUUAGAGUAUGUGCCUGGUGGCAGUAUAUCUAGCCUUCUCAACCAAUAUCAAUACUUUGAUGAGCCGUUAACGAAAUUCUUCACGCGUCAAAUCUUACAGGGCCUCAAAUAUCUCCACGAUCGUCAUAUUCUACAUCGUGAUAUCAAAGGAGGCAAUGUAUUAAUAGAUCAGAAUGGUGUUUGUAAAAUCACAGAUUUCGGAUUGUCGAAGAAUCAACAACACGAUAGCAGCCAUGGUGCGUAUGAUCCCUACUCCAACCAUUCUCAAAUGAAAGGAACACUUUACUGGAUGGCGCCGGAAGUCCUAACGAAUCAUUACAGUGCAAAAGUAGAUGUAUGGAGCUUAGGAUGCACAGUUUUAGAAAUGAUUACGGGAGAGCAUCCUUGGAUGGAAUUGACGACGCUGGCGGCAUUGUAUCAAAUCGGACUACAUAAUGCACCAGCGAUACCUGAUCACAUUUCAGACGAAGCCAAGGACUUUUUACAAUUAUGCUUAAAAAUGUAAGUUUUUCUGUGACAAGCAAAAGACGACCCCCAUAAAACCAGAAGAUAGACCUACCGCCACAGAACUACUACAGCAUCCUUUCGUUCAGCCAGAUCCAAGCUUUGAUUUUAAAGAAUCGCUCAAACAGCAGAAAACGAAAUCAAGCUGAAAAAUCGGAAAUUGUUCACUCAAUUCUUUUAUAUUACCAUUGUCCAUCUCCCACCCCACAAUCUCAAAACCCCUUUUUUAUGUCGGACUUCUAUCAUUUGUCUUAAAUCCAAGACAUUGCGUACAAAACAAAACAAUAACUUAUUUAUUUUACUUUUUUGUUUUUCUAUUA